AUGUCAAGAUUACCCAAGGUCGUGGCUUGGAAGUCAGAGAGUGACAUAUCCGAGCUGAAAGAUUUGUUUUACGGAGGAAAUAAUAAUAGCAAAAACAAUUACGGCGAUGCUAGCCACGAUCCUCGGAUAAGAGCACUGGCCAAGGUCAAGGCCUAUCAAACUCGAGCUGCGAGUCUUCCUCACUCGAUUGAAUCCACUUCAUUAAUAACAGCAGCUAUUUUAAAUGAUACACCAGACAGAGACUCGGAUGCCAGUCGUAUGGCAUAUUCAAUGGCUAUUAUCCGGUUUGUAAAUGGCUUGCUUGAUCCAUCUCAGCAGUCUCAAUAUGCCAUUCCUUUACAUCUGCUAGCCAAGACGCUAGAUCUACCCUCAGCAUUUGUAGAAUUACGGCAUGUAGCAACACACGAAUCUCUUCCCUCGCUCGAGGCUCUUCGUAGUAUGGCAUCAAGAGCUCUUGAUUGGUUAUGGCAUCAUUAUUGGUCUCGUAACUCAUACGACGACAGUCAGAAACAGCUCGAGUCGUCUGGUGAUCUCGAUAACAAACGAGAGAAUAUCAAAGAGCUGUUACGAGAAUGGAGACGUAUCAGGAGAUCAGAUCCUGGAAAAUUGAUGCGUGUUGGCGAUGGAUCGCCUGAAGGAGUUAAAUUUUGGAAACUUGUGAAAAAGAUACAAACCAGCAUAGAACAGGAUGAAGAACUGUUUGUAGAAGUUCUGUUGAACAAAAACGUUUUAGUACCAUCUGGAUCAGAUGGAAUCAAGAAACUUUCUUCAUCGAUAAAAUUAUUUGGUCCCCUAUUCGACUAUCUUAAAACAGGAGCUACUGAAGGGUUUGCUCAAAGACUAGCAUUACAUUCCAUCAACCUUCUCAAUAACCAAAAAACAUCGAUGGACUGGUCUCCAACUGGAUCUAAAGAUGAACUAUCAGAAAAACCCCAGCAGCCUGAACCGCAUUUCUUCACCGCACUCACGGAAUGGUCUAAAUAUCUCAUCGUUCCGUCACGCAAGAAGCAAACCAUCAACAGCAUACUCCUAACCGAUGUUGACGAAGUUCUCCGUGAGCUACUUCUACUACCUCGCCAAUGGAAUGUAGACAUUUUAGAAAGUUACCUGGAUAAAACCCGAAACAUAAAAAUAACCGAGAGCUCACUCGACCGGACCAAACUCACAGAACUAGUCAAACAAAUGGCGCAUCAAGUCGAAGCAUUCCACAACAUCAGCAUCACUCCCCACGAACCCUCAACCACCAACAUCGCCGAACAGCGCAAACGAGUCCGCGACACAGACUCCCAACUCGAACAAUAUGCCAAACGACUCAAAUCACAGAAACCGGAAAACCCUGAUUCACCUGCUAUCUCUACUGCACCUCCUACCGCCGGUUGGCAGACCGUAGACAACUGGACCCCUCGCCCCAUCGGGGUUCUGUAA